AUGACAUUUUACGUCACAGCCACCGGAAAUUUUGUAUUCAAUUGGUUGGUAGAUUCAAGCGGCCCAGCUGCAGGUCAAAAGGCAACACAUAAUGUGGUUGUGAGCAUAUCUCCCUUGCCAAAUAGUUUCGUUGGCCCGAACCCCAGUCAAGUUAAAUACCUGGCCGGAAAUCUGGAAAUCAAGUUGAAACCUUGGCCCCAAACAACAUACAAUAUUGAGUAUUGGGUCAAUGCACCCGAUAUGGGAGGCCUGAGCAGUGCAAGGAGGCAGUUGAUAUAUGUCCACGCUUCUUUCACACUUGCUGGAUACUUCGAUGACAGUGCCUUUGUUGACGAAUGUCCAAACAACGUCCCGGUAAGACUGGCUAUUGCGGGAGAUCCAGAUCACGACCAAGUUAAGUUCUUCGAUGGUACUAGAACUACCGCUGCCGAAAUUGUAGUGGGCGAAGAGUUGGCUGCAACCUGCAAUUCACCCGACCGCUACUCAAUCUCGAUUUUGGACGGGAGCCAAACUACUCAUGUCUUUCAUGUACAGUUGUGCAAUACUGCAACAAACUACUAUGGACCUUUGACACAAAUUCAAAUGAACGCUGCAUUCUCUCACCCAGCAGCAAGUUCAAUCACAUUCUGCGCAAAUCCUCACACGGGGCAAAAUGGAGAGCUUGCCUCCAAAGUUUCUUUAGAGUUCAAGAACCCGAGUUUGACCACACUGUGUGAAGGGCUGUUUUCGUCAACAACUUCUUCAGGUUCUUAUAGAUGUCUCAACCCCGUGUGCAGGCCACCAAUUUGUCCAGGAGACUUCAGUAGCUCGUACAGGCUCUCACUCACAAUGACGAAUGGUGGCCAAUGGGACAUCAAAGAUGAAAUCAGAGUGACAGUCGGGAGCUCCGAACUUGUCAUGUGUUUGAGCAAUAAGCAAAGCAUUACAGAAGCUACGCCGAUACAUGACGCAACUUUCAGUGAAGACGGAGUUUGCGAAACUAAAAAUAAGGGCUAAAAAAAUUGAAUGGAAGACUUCCAAACUGCACUUUUAUUAUAAAUUGCCCCAGAAGUUUAAA